UACAUCUUUUCUGUGGAAGAGGAGCCUCGUUUCCCAUGGGAAGCACUGGUGGUGUUCCUUCUCGGACUUGCACAGAUUGUCGGAGGGGCAUUGCUCACUGUAUUUACAUUUGGUACACUAGCCAAUGUUGGUAUGGGACUCAUCACUGAAGGAAUCUCAGACUGCAUCACUGGCAUAGAGUCAAUGAUAACUGGUGAAUUCAGCUGGACAUCAUGGGCAAUAAAUAAAGCCAUUUCUAUUGGUGUCUCUCUCAUUGGGUUUGGAAUUGGAAAGCUGGUUUCAAAGGGCUUCAAAGCUGCUAAAAUGGCAGUUAAGGGAUUUGGCAAACAGUUGAAGGCAAUGCCAAAGUUCUUUGCCAGCCAGGCCAAAGAGGGCUUCAGUGUUACUAUGAAGACCAAUAUGAAGAAUGUAGUAAAAUAUACUGCUAAAAGAAUAGUAAAGGACACUGUUAUGUAUGGGAUUGGGAAGGCAGAGGAUGAAAUAAUUAACAAAAUACUUGAAGAAAUAGAAAAGGCAGUGAGGAUGGGAAUCCUCAAUGCAGUACAGUCCAAUAUGGGAAAAGAGCCCCUGUGUUCAUUAACUGAUUCAAUCAUACUCUCCCACAUCGAGAGUAAACAGGGAUUUAAUGAGCUCAUGCAAGAUGACAUAAUGAAGAAGAAAUUAUUGGCCAUUUUCACAGAGCUAAGCACAACUGCAUUAGAGCCCUACUCUGCAGACCUGAGCUGGCAGAACAAGCUAAACUCCUCUAUCUCAAAUGUGAUUGACACUGUUAGGAAAGAAGCUGGAGGAAUUACUGAAAAAAUUCUGAUUGGUAUCCAACUGGUCCAUAUGGGAGCACUGGGAGGAGAAGCUCUGGCUGCAGUGCUCACUCUGUCAGCAGGUAAAGAUGGAAAGCUUGCCAAGAUGCAGGAGAUGAACCCAAAAACUAAGGAUGCCAGUCAAACCGUGACACUGGUCUACAGGCCGAAGAGUGACCAACACCCAGAUGGACAUUACGAUGUGCUCAUCAAUAACAAGACAGUGAGUGUAGAGAAAGCUGACCUUUAUCACGCUGUGGCUCGCGGCAUGAAACCAGACUCCAGUGAUGAUGACAUUACUUCUGCAGCAACUGACCUGCGGACUAAGGAGGCUGAGGCCCUUGAGAAAAACCCAAGCCUCUGGGAGCCAUUUCUCCUGCGUGAUGAAUGGAUUAAAGAAGUGAUAACAGCUUCCUCGUUCACAGCAGAAGGAGCUGCAGAAUCACAGGAUUCAGUAAAACAAAACAAAAAACAUUUUCAGAAUAUUAUGAAGGAGGAAAGUGAGAAAGUGAAAGAACAAUCGAAUGCAAAAGACAAAGAUGGAACUCAAAAAAUCAGCAAUGGACAUAACCAGCCUUCAAAGAAGAGUAUAUUGACAGCUGGACACUUUAACAAAGACAGCAAAUUAAGUAAAUUGAUGUUUGAAGUUGCCACAGGUUCAUCUGAUCAUGCAAAAUGUCAGCUUCCAGUUGUUUAUGCGCCACAUGAGCGACAUCAUAAGUUCCCAACUGCAGAAUCUCCAGAGCUCAAGACGUUAUUGGCUCAAACUAUCAGCAAGGAUGAUGUUGAGGGCACCUUCAAACUGACAAUCCUUGGUGCAAUGCCAACAUUUAUGCUGGAAAGAAAACAUUUUCUGAAUGAAGACAUGAGUCUGACCAGAUUGGACUCUUUUAAAUCCACUUUUCCAAAGCAUGCUACAGAAAUGGUAAACACGUGGUUCAAACUCCUGGAAGGCAAAACGGAUCUCAUGACACCAGACACUAAGCAAACACUUGAAGACUGGAUAUCUAGUAAAGGAUACCUUGAUCCAAAUGAUCCUGCCAGGAAGCAAAUCAUGACUCACUUAUAAAAAAGCUGUAGCCACUCAUGAGCAGGGGACUGGCCAGAGGAUGUUAAAGGGGACUGGCCAGAGGAUGUUAAAGGGGACUGGCCAGAGGAUGUUAAAGGGGACUGGCCAGAGGAUGCGUCUCCCAAGAUGAGUGCAUAUCAUGGAGGUAGCCAUGGUAACAAACAACAAUGUGUGGAAAGUGGGAGCACGGUCUGUCAAUUGUAGCUAAUUUUAUAGUGGGAAACUUAGAAUUUUUAAAAAAAAAGUUUUUAAAUACAUUUAAAUGACUGAAUAAAAAAAAACCAUUUGGUACAUUUGUUUUGUUGUUGCCUAAAGACAACUGGCAAGUGUCACAUCCAACCACCAUGAUAUACCUUUAAAUGUGCACUGAUUCAUUAUUGAGAAUGAUUCAUAUUUAAUUAAGAUUACAGUGAACUAUAAUUGAAGAAAGAUAUGAAUGGGUCAGCUAACAUGAUUAAUCACUGCUGCAAAACCCAUAAACUAAUAUGUAGAUGAAUUUGAUUAAAUUAAAAACUGCAACAUCCACGUUCAUUAAAACUUAAUUACACUUCUCAUGGGUGUUUUACCAGCACAGCAGAGCAGUGCACAGUGCAUCCUGAAUGAGUUUUACUGUACUGUCCUUUAUUUAUAUAUACACUCAGUGAGCACUUUUUAGGAAUUUAAUAUACUUAUUUUUUAGACUUAUUGGUCUUCUGAUGAUGUAGCCUAUCCACUUAGAGGUUUGAAGCAUUGUUUUUUCAGAGAUGCACUUCUGCAUACCACUGUUGUAAUGUGUGGUUAUUUGCAUUACUGUCACAUUCCUACUGUCACCAGUCUGACCUAUCUAUAUGCUUUAAAUAUGCUCUCGACAAUGCUUUUUGCUCGUAGAACUGCUGCUCACCGGAUGCUUUUUGUUUUUGGCACCAUUCUCUGCAAUCUCUAGAGACUGCAUGAAAAUCACAGGAGAUCAGCAGUUUCUGAGGUUCUGAAACCACCCUGUCUGGCACCAACAAUCAUUACCAUUAACAUUACAUUUCAUUACAUUAUUUGCAUUUGGCAGACACUCUUAUCCAGAGUGAUAUACAGUUGAUUAGACUAAGCAGGAGACAAUCGUCCCCUGGAGCAAUGCAGGGUUAAGGGCCUUGCUCAACGGCCCAACGGCUGUGCGGAUCUUAUUGUGGCUACACCGGGAUUCAAACCACCGACCUUGCAUGUCCCAGUCAUGUACCUUAACCACUAUGCUACAGGCCACUUUAUCAUUCUGAAAUGUGGUCUGGUCACCAUGUCUGCAUGCUUUUAUGCAUUAGUUGCUGCCACAUGUGUAUAAUUAUACACUCUACUGAGUGUACAAUUAAAAGUUGGUAUUAUUUUUUAAUUCUGAUAGAUUUAUGCUGGGGAAUUUUUAUUUGUGGGUGAAUUAGAUUAAUAUGUUUCAGCCCGUAUGAGAUCAUGUGUAUAAUGUAUACCCGCCUGUAUGAGAUCAUGUGUAUACUGUAUACAGCCCGUAUGAGAUCAUGUGUAUAAUGUAUACCCGCCUGUAUGAGAUCAUGUGUAUAAUGUAUACCCACCUGUAUGAGAUCAUGUGUAUACUGUAUACAGCCUGUAUGAGAUCAUGUGUUUACUGUAUACAGCCUGUAUGAGAUCAUGUGUUUACUGUAUACAGCCUGUAUGAGAUCAUGUGUUUACUGCAUAGAAAAGAGAGUGUGGCCCUUACAGAACCUCAAACUGGCACUGCACUUCUAACACAGGAUCUGGUGAUUCUCAUGAGAUACAAGCUUUUUGAGACCUUUAUGAAACUUAUUGAGACUUAACGGUAGAUUUAUUACGUAUUAUUUACAUAUUAUAUUCUAUGAAAUAACCAUUUUGAUCAUAAAGUGAUUCUUCAAUUU